AUGCAAUUACCACCUGGAGUGUCGCCUGCGAGACCACCUGAAAUGCCAGAUGCUUCCCGAACCUAUUUAGCUGCUGACAAUGAGGCUCGUGAUGGAUCUCAUCCUUCAGACCAUGCUGCCACAGUGCCUCCGGCCACAGCUAUUGGGACUUCUGUGAUACAGGUCCGCAACCCUGCAGAAUUCACGGCUGCCUUGCAAUGGAUUGUGGAUCAACAACCCCCAUUGUGCUCACCCCAACAACGCCGGCAAAACAAAAUUGUCACGUGGUUUUCAGAUGCAGUCACACUUCCUCGAUCUGACCACUUUCGGGAAGUCCUCCUCAGCCCGCACCCGCUGUAUUGGACUUCUGACAUUUUGCAAAGAUGGAAAGAUUGGAUUGAACCUGGCCAUCCUGUUUUGCUCCAACUUGUCCAGCCUAGUCCCUCAGGCGGACUUUCUGACACUGCAGCUCAUGUGGUCGUCAUCCAGCGACAGUUGCCAGACAAGCGCACUGCGAUUAUUACAGUUGUUGAACUUCUUGAAGACCCGUGGCACCCGACCUCCUUUUGUACACUCUUGCCCACACAGGUGUCCCAUCAGGAGUUGCUGGAUGAAGCUGAUGUUACCCCUCGUUGUCAGCCACUCACUGAGCAAUCGCUAUGCGAGGUCACUCAUGGUAGUAUUAAACUCCUCCCGGACAUGACUUUUCCAGUGCGACAUGGCUACAACUUCGAGAUUGCGCUUUCAUCUCUUGACACUGAAUGGGAUGACUCCACCAAUCUCAUUCAGAUUGGUUUUAGUAGCAUUUCCGCUUUUAUCAGUAGCUUGGACUCCACCGUCAAGCAAGCCACAAUCUCACAUAUGCAAGAAGAUGAGCUUGACAGGCGCGACCACCGACCCAUUUCGGUGACGAUUACCCCACCAAUUCGACAAGGUACUCCGAGCAGUUCGUUUGAGUACCUUACUUUCCAUACAGUUUUGCAAGCAGCCUGGCAGCCAUUGUCACUUCUCUCAGCGAACACCAUUGACCCCUCUGUGCCGGUCUUGACUUGGUAUCUUGACUUUGUCAGACACCCACAAUGUUUUGCUGCACGUGAAGUACAACUGUUUUCGGAUCCCGAGGAAUGGACACAUCUUAUGAGAUUUGCUUGGAGUGAAAUUGUGUUGUACGAUUUGCCACUGUAUUUCUACUUGGUUCACCCAGACCCAAUUGAGAUGGAAGUCCAUGCGGCUAUGCAUGUCAUCCUGGUUCAGCAACCCAUCCAGGGUUUUGAUGCUAUCUUGGUUAAUGUUGUGGAUUCUGCAUGGCCAGGGAUGCCUCCUGCUCGACAUGCAUCCAUGGCACCUCACAUGCUUCCUUUUCCGACGUUAAUAGGCAUUGCGUAUCGUGAUCAAGACUGCAACUCACCCCACAACACCUGCACGGCAUGGAGGGGUGACCAGGAGAUCAACCCUCACGAAGUUGUUCCACUGGCUAAUGGAAUGUCUCUCACAGUUGCGAUCCACCGCCAUCACCAACCAGCACCGGAUGAUCUGGAUCCCUGGGAUGACACUGUUGAGUCACAGAACAAUUUUACACUGCAUAAGGAUGCCAAUGACUCAUGGGAUACGUGGGAUGCUAUGAGCCAACAUCAACUAUGCAAACAAUUGCAGUCAGCUUUUUUGACGCAAACUGACUGUCCACCCAAGAUCGACAAGACUGUGGCACCAGUCAGCAUUUGUCUUGAAGCUGCUUUACCACACCUGCCUUUGCCCCCAACGCAGGAACUUGACCCAGAUGUCUCAGCCAUUGCAUGGUUUCAAAACGCUGAUUGGCAGCAGUACUGCUAUGAGAUCCCUGCGACCGAGCCAUUCCCCCUCCCUGAUGGACUCAAGGUUCCGGAUGUCAGUUACCCAGCAUUGCUACAACCCCAAUUGGAGACCGACCCCCAAACAUGGACCUGGGAAGUCUAUGUAGACGGCUCACAGGGUCUUGUUCAUGCCGGCUGGAGUGUCAUCAUCGUUUGUGCUGACCAAUUUGCAUCCUGUUUUUGUGGUUGUUUUGCGGGGCAAGUACAGCUCUCUCCAGGCCACCCCCAGUGGCUGGGUGCAAAUGAGACUGAUAACAUUGCAGCCGAGUUCACAGCAUUUGCUGUUGCACAGGAUGUCGUCAUGCGCCUGCUACCACAACGCCCCGCUGUGAUUAGACCUGAUUUAAGGCUCAGUCAGAUGAUUGCCACUUUUGAAUCCAUCACCACUGCAUCGCCCAGGAUAGCCCAAGUGUGCCGAGUGUUAUCCAAGUGGCUUGGGCCUAGAGUGAAAGUCCGGCAAAUUGCAGCCCAUCAGGGUCAUCCAUGGAACGAGCUCGCUGAUGCAUUAGCCAAAUGGGCUACCACCCAAUCUGAGGAUGUCCUCCCACAAUGGAAUGUUGAUGGACUCCACCGGCUGGCAGUUUCUUCUCAUGACCUGAACUGGUGUUGGUUGCAAGACUCCUCAGACCGUUUUCGUGCAUGUUUUCCCCCACUUGUACAAGACGAAGUCAUGCAGUUUCCUGCUUCUGAUCGACAUGUUGCUGCGCUCCCGCAGAAACCUCAGGCAGACCUCUGCUGUGCCAAUCUGGCGUUUGCUUGUGCCACCACCAAUGUACUUGCUUUAGACCAUUUUGAGCAUCAGAACGAAGUUGGACGCCAUACAGGGGCAAGAACAGCAAGACUUGACAUCCAGAUGCAUCGACUUGGCGUUGCGGUGGUUGGCAUCCAAGAAGCAAGAACAAAGCCAGGAACCUAUCGCAGUGAGCACUAUUCCAUUUUUGCAUCAGGCUUCCAAGAUCUUGUUUGGGUUUUUGUAGAUGCCAAUGCUCCUCUCAACUCAGAAUACUCUCCACAUGCCGGCUCCGCUGGAGCAGAGCCCCUGAACCCUCAGGGACGGUUGCUAGGAAGGCUGAACAUUGCAUAUUUUGGGUCUUCGGAUCAAUGUCGAGAUUUCUCCACUUUUGCUGAACUGCCUGUGCAUGGCGCUCAUGAAAGGCUGCAGGGCCGCAAUGAGCGAGGGGAGUUCCGCACAGCAGUAGGCAAAGUUUAUCCUCCUGGGCUCAACGAAGCCCUGGGUCGAGCGAUUCGUUGCUUUGCAGCUCAGACAUUGGGCGGCAAGUUUUUGCGAUCAGAGCUCCCCGAGGUUUGUUGUGCUACACUGCAUGAGACCAAGCACCAACAGGUGCAGAUUCUGCAAAGUGGCAAAAGUGAUGAUAGGCUUCUAGAUUUGGCGGUGAAAUCUGCGGACCAUAGGGAGGUACAAGUGAAUCCUGAUCCAAGUCCUGGUGGUGAGAGCGCCAAGACAACGCAUCGGUUUGAGGGACCACCUAUCUUUCCGGCAGUUGGCCCCAAGCCUGAGGCUGGCUUUCGAGAACAGGGGUUGCUGUCAAUUGCUCUACUAUUGUUAGUGUUUUUGCUAGCUGUGGUAGUGGCAGUGAAGAUUUUGCAGUCCCGGACAUCCAAGAAACAGGAGACAGUUAAGGGCGCUCCGAGCCCUAGGCAGCUAGCUCAGAGACAGCUUGCUGAGCUGCGAUUGAGGAGACAUGGCAUUGGGGUGAAUGCAGCAGAGAUUUAUGCGCUGCCCAUGUGGAAUGUCGGAGAGGUGCAGGCCAUUCGAGAUGAAGCAAGGCAGGUCGCUCUCCAAGAGCGCCAGGCAGCGGGAGCACCUGCGGCACAAGCUGUUCCUGUGGCAGCAGUUGGGGUGGCAGCCCUUCCUGCGGUCGCUGGGCCCCUUGUGCCUGCUGGUGCGGCACCCCAUGCCUGCGGUGUCUUGAAAUGGAUGGCGGCUGAGACGGCUGCGGGUUACAGCUAUGGAGACCCCGUUGUUGGGGUUACGGCGGCUAGUGCUCGUGGUGCCAAAGCAGUGCAUGUGGAGAAUGGGAUCCCUAUUUUUGUUGAGUGUGUUGAUGGAGCAGAUUUCACUGUUUUCAUGUCACGCCCCGCCAAGUGUGAUCAUCGCAUCUUGGCCGUAGAGAUGAAUGCUUUGGGUCAGCCUGAGAGGACGCUGAAGGAUGCCGCUUCGGCCUUGUCUGAAACAGCGGUGAAGUGGACCCUCACUGGUCCUCGGACGUCCAAGUGGUGCAUCAGCUAUUUGGCCAUUGAGGGAUUGGGUUUUGAGGGUCACCACGAGAGACUGCGGCAGGUGACACGUGCAGAUUCUUCAUCCUGGGGCAUACAAGAGCAUUUUCAGAUUUCAAUGUCUUUGAGGCAGGCCUUGUUGGUUGAUCAGCUCAAUGGGUGCAACCUCUUGAGCGUUGAAGUGCAGUUCAGGAGGUUGCAGACCAUUGAAUACAGCUAUGCCGAGAAGGCGCGUGAACAAGAGUCAAAGGCGGUUGGAGGCAGACUGACAUUGGAGGAGCAGACAACCUUCGGUGGCAUGACUCGGCAAUACAGUACGUUGAUGAUUUGUCCAGAAUUGCUGGACUAUGUCCGGACUGAAACUGAGAGAGAGGCGACUCUUGCAAAAAGUCUGCGGAAGGCGAGAGAGGAGCGGGAGGCCUUGCGAAAAGGCCCAAGGCUGGCCGUGGAACCUCAUGGGCCACAAGGUGGAAGGCAGGUCAAUAGGGAACUUUUCCCACUGCCCUCCGUGCAUGUUGAAUCUCUGGAAGCUGGUAAGUUGUCGAAGAAAGUUCGACAGCGGAUUGGCAGAAGGCGGCAUCUACAGGAGGAGGUGCAGAGUACAGUCAAUGUUUUGAACAUGAUGCAUGGUGGGACGGGCGGCCCUAUGUCUCCGAAAGGUGAUAUCAGUAGUGGUCAGCAAAAAGUCCUGGAAUUCAUUGAGCAGUCAGUUGCGGCUUUGGGAAGCCCACCUCAACUUUCUGGCCCAGAGGCCCUAGAGGAGCUUCGGGUGAGUGUUGGGUACGGAGAGACGCCAGCUUCGUGCCCACUCGGUUCCUUUGAUCCCGCAUCCGUCUCAUUGCCUUCUGGAGAGAUACGACCGGUCGCUCUGGAAAAACUUUGGGGUGAAGGCGGGCAACAAGUGGUGAAGGAAUUUUCAUCAUCACAAAUGCUUGGUCCGGAUGAGGUCCAUGCCAAGCUGAGAGCUAGUGGUGAUGUGCGGAUUUACAAUGACCCCAAGCUGAACGACCCCAAAGAAUAUGGAGCCUUCAUUAGCCGACUGCUGAUCAUGGACUGCCGCAGGGCGAAUCUCCAUUUUGCAGAGCCAUCCACCGUUGAGCUUGCAACCGGCGAUGCGCUGGGAAAGCUAGAGGUGGGCAGAGAUGAUACUCUGUAUUUGGCAUCAGCAGAUCUUGCAAACGCCUUUUAUACACUGGAGCUGCCGGCAGAGUGGCGGCGCUUUUUUGGUUUUAGACGGGUCAGAGCUGUGCACCUUGGCGUGGUUGAGGUGAAUGGCCAGGCUGUCGCACCUGACACCUGGGUGUACCCACGGACCUUGGUGGUUCCCAUGGGUUGGGCCUGGGCAUUGUGGUGGUGCCAGAGUGUGAAUGAGAGGAUAUGCGAGAGGAGUGGUUUGGCAGCAUGUCAUAGAGUGCGAGAUGGUUUUCCAAUUCCUGGUGGCUCUUUCUGGCAUUUGCAGUAUGUAGAUAACUUGCAUGUGUUGGGAACUGACAAAACAGAAGUAGAGAAAAAGUUUUGGGAUGCAGUGCGAGGUUUGAGGGAAGCAGGUUUGACAGUGCAUGAGAUAGAGUUCAGCGAGUCAACCGUCACCAUGCUUGGGUGGCAGAUAGAGGAGAAAGGGGUUCUACGCCCAACCUACAAGCGAAACUGGCGGAUCAGGAUUGCGAUCCGGGAGUCGCUCUCCCGUGGGCGAAUGACUGGACAACAGCUGGAACGUUUGAUUGGGCAUAUGACUUUUGUGUCACUUUGCCGUCGUGAGGCCUUGGCGGUGCUUGGUGAGGUAUACACCUUCAUCAGACGGCAUUACCUUGAAUGCGUAGAGCAGUUGACAGAGCAGCGCUCAGUCAAGAAGCAGAGGCGAAGCCAGUUGAGAAAAGCAGCGCAGUCAAGAAAAGUAGGAGUGCUGAGAAAGAACUCAGUAGGACACCUGACUCAAAAGAAAUAUCAGAGACACUGGGAGAUGUUGCAAAAGUGGAGUCACAAUGCAAUUGCAGUAGAUACUUCGCUGGAGGUGUUGGACUCGAUGCUUGCAAAUUAUCUGGAGCAUUGUUACCUAGAAGGGGAGGAUCUCAGUUUUGCGAACUAUGCAGUGGCUUCAGUAGUGUAUCAUCUGCCCAGGGCCAAGGGGGCAGCCUUACCCUUGGUACAACAGUCAAUGCGGGGGUGGCGAAGAUUGUGCCCACCGAGAGCGCCAUUGCCAAUCCCCUACGAAGUAGUGUGUCUGCUGAGCAUGCAGGCCUACAAGGAGCACAAACUAGAGAUUUGCGUGGUGCUGCAACUGAUGUUUUUGUUGUACCUGAGGCCAGGCGAGGCCUUCACCAUGCGGGUCCAAGACAUUGUUUUCCCAGUCAAGCGAGCCGGCAAAGCAUACAAGCACUUCUCAAUACUGCUGCACCCCUCGGAAGAGGGGAUUCCGUCCAAGACGAAACAGUGGGACGAAAUGCUGAGUAUAGACCUGAAACACAUGAAGUUCUUGGGACCAGCUCUAGAACAAAUUCUGGACCUCAAGAACAGGGCAGGUGCAGACAAAGCAUUUACAAUCAGCCUGGAGGACGUGAACCAGUUCAUGGAAAGCAACUGGGAGCCUCUGGGCCUCAAGCCGCUGGGAAAGCCUCACGCAUACAGGUUGCGCCACGGAGGUGCAAGCUGCGAGGCAGCCUUGAAGCUGCGCACACUGGCAUCGAUACAGAGCAGAGGGCGAUGGCAGACGUUGAAAAGUGUCAAGAAUUACGAGAAGGGUUCAAGACUGGCGCAGCUCUUUGGCAGUCUCAGCAAAGCAACAAGAGACAAGGCCGUGCGAGCAAAAAAGGACGUCGUGCAAGUCUUGUCUGGAAAGCUUUAG